AUGGGAGGCCACUUCGUGGAUACGGAUGAAGGAGGCAAAUUCCGAGAAGUGAAGGCAGAAAUCAGUCAACUUUCUGGUGGGACUCUUCAGUUAUUCGUCGCAGAAUCAAUCGGAAGUGGCUGUGCCUCAACAAGAGAACUCGAAAAUGGAAGUUUCACAGCACCGCCGGCAGAUCCCUUUUCUUUUGACGCCUACUGUAUUGAGUUAAUCUGGAAUGUCAGCAAUCCACCCAACGAGCAGAUCGGCUUCUUGAUGGCUUUAGAAACAGAACCAGAACCAAGAGUUUUUGCGUUGACCGAAGAAACGCCGUCGUUUGCGAUUCACGGGAAACGUUUACUAACGUUUACGAUAAUCAAAAUAACAUUCAACGCGAAAGCUGAAUAUGCUGUUUCUUUUCGAGUCUCCAGUUGGGUGGACGAAACAAGAAAAGUGCUUCUAAUUUUCAACAGAAAGAUAGACACCCCAUCAGGCGCAAUACGCUAUCUUGUCGUCGUGGAGGAGAAUGUUGUCGCAACGAUUGUGGCAGAUCCUGCAACGCAAUAUUUUUGGAACACUCCACGGGUAGCGAUGCGACCAAUCGGCAGAGUUUCUAAUUCAGAUGAUUGCGUAGUUUUUCAGAAACAACUGAACUGCUUCGGCAGCACAACGACCUUUAAAACGUAUGCAGGGGCCGAUCCGGGGCUUCAUCCAGCCGAGAAACAUCAUUUGAUUGAUGGAAGAUAUCCUUCACUUCUCAUCGAUUCCACAUCUACCGCCACCACUCUUUUCACCGAGCAACAAUGCGCGUUUUGCCUCGAGUUCCAGAAAAACCCUCUACUAAAUUAUAUUGUAGACGAGAUGUCCCUAUGGACAUCGGCCUAUUUCCCGUGGAUUUUCGACAAACCGGAACGAAUCGCUUUGAGCUCAUUGCCAUUAGUAUCUUAUGACUCUCUGAACAGUGAUAAAGCCAAAUCGCUCGACUUGCAAUUCAAACAAGUCGAAGGUGGUGUUGCCCAAGUGAUGGGCUUCAGAUCUGAGCCGACCCUAGAUUGUAUGCUUCGGGAUUACGAAAUAAAACCACCGAUCCAGAUUAUGAAUGUCACUCAAACGAAUUUCACUCAACUUGGCAGCUUCGAACGCGUCGAGCUCCAGUGUAUCAGAUUAUACUUUUCCCCCGAUCAGCCGCUUGCAGAGGAUUAUGGCUUUAUGAUGGUGGUGAAGGAACUGAAAUUAAACAGCUAUGAAUUGAACGAGACGAAUCCAUCAUUCGCCAUCCAUGGAGCACGACUUCGAGGAUUAGAUGCCAUUCUGGUGGACUCAUCCGAGAAUGUCGAUUUUCUUGUCGAUCUCACACAAAUCAAUUGCAAAUUGGAUGAGAUGUCAAAGGUCUGUUCCGAUCCGUUCCCAUUCAAUCUUUGGCUGUCUGGGGACUCAAAUUCUACGAAUUUAAUGGCUAUGGAUAGUCGAAGAAUUGAAUUUGCUCCGAUUAAUGACGACGGACCGUCGAGCUAUUUCUACACGACCCUCUUCAAUUUCACUAAUAUAACGCAGCUCCGAAUCUCUCAUAUCAUCGACGCGGAUACCACCGAUUACGCGGUUUCGAUUAGAGUCGCUCAAUGGACUGAUCCGACAAAAAAGAUCCUCGUCAUUCCGGGGAUGAAAGAGCAAGAUGCUUUGUACAAUGUGUUGGUGGAAGAGGGUUUGAUUGCGACGCUCGUCGUUCAUCCAGAUAAUUACAAACGGACCGACACAUUCUAUGGACCACUUAUGACAAUGCAGGUUGUUGAUCCAGCCUCGAAACUGUGCCCCCAUUUUCAGAAAAGCAUCACGUGCACAAAUGAUACCGUUUUCUCGUACUUUGCUGGUGCCGAUCCUGGGAUCCAAACGAAUUCUUUUCAUCAAUUAAUCAACGACACAUCACAGAGCCUUGCUGUGUACUCGACCUCGACUGCGGCGACGCUUUUCACGAAAGACAAUGCAUGUAGCUUUUGCCUUCAAUUCGACAUGAGAAGUCCAGGGUCAUCGGAUUCCAUUUUGGACCUCGAAGGCUUCACCAUCUGGAUGCAUCCCUUCUAUCCGUGGAUACGUGACUCAAGCGAGAGAAAAGAGAGCUUUGAUGAGGGGAAAAUGUCCGGGAUACCCGGAGAAAUUUAUAGAGGAAACAAAUCGUGGAGUGUGGGCUUCACGGUGCGCAUGCAACGAAUUGCUGGAGUUCGAGUGGAGAUCACCGCUUAUGAUUCGGAAAAUUGUGACGGAAAUGGGAAAGCAACGUUUCAAAAGGACACUAAUGCUACUGGCACAACCUGGAGCUUCAGCGCCAAAUGUAUUUGGUUGUGGUGGAAUGCGAUUGGGUCCUACACGGAUGAGAGCGCAAAAUCAAAGUCAGUUUACGUCGAGGCUGCGGAGAAUUCUUCACUGAGUUUGGAGUUUGUGUAUGCCUGCAUGAAAGAAGAGACAGGAAUGUGUAUACAUAGUCUGCCUUUUUAUUUGAAUCAGGAGAACGCCGUUAUUGUGUGCAACGAAAGUUUUUCCAUCACUUCCGGUCACAUCAUGAGCUGUAAAACGGAUACUAUUGGUUCGAGUUUGGAGCUCCUUUGGGACAUCGGAGUAGAGCAACCACUUUUCUUUGGGACUAGCGGAGCAUUUCUCGUCUCAAUCACUCAAUAUAUAGCGGAUCAACAGAUAAUAACUCUGCCGGGUGGAUUUGAAGAGAUUCGCGUAAAUGCUACCAAAACUCCGAUAUGGAUCACUUUAAUUUUUGAUGGCAAUCCACAAAUUUUGACAAAACUCUACUCGGAACCGAUCAAAACUGCAUGCCAAUAUGAUCUUAUGCUUCUAUCAUAUCGUCCGAAGCCCACUGAUCCCGCCUAUCAUCUGAUGACGUUCAGUGAAUCGGUGCCAUUUUACGAACAAUACCUCCUCAACAGGGUCUACACUGUGAAAAUCCCGGUCGGCUGCUCACCGAGAUUAGCCGUAGCGCAGAGGAUUGAGAAAGAUUUCAACAUUGACGAUGAGGUAGAUAAAUUCAAUGAGAGAAUUGAUAACUCGUCUAACAUGACACUGGCCAAUAUCACUAAUUUUAACCUGAGCUGGACUCCGUACAACGUCACUCAACAUCAAGGCGCUCUUGUUAUGAUUCAAAUUGAGAAAGCGUCCGAUGGAAAUGUUGUGGAAAGAGGAAGCUCUAAACAAUUCGUCAAGUUUCGUAAAAUGUUUAACCAUGGCUUGCUCCUUGGACACUUUCGUGACAACAUGGAUGGAAAUCAAGAAUACACUCCCUCACAAGUCGACGAGAUAUGGGAGGUAUCGGCAAGGAGUUUGCUCGUUUUCGAUGAGAAGCUGGGCACCGGCGCGUACGCGGUCGUCUAUCGAGGAUACCUCAAAGAGAUGCCACCAGUCGUCAAGAUCUAUCCAUCACUGCAGGUCUCGUUCUUCCUUAAAAACGAUGGAAACGAUGUGGCGGUGAAGUCUCCGCAUGAACAAGCGACACGCGCAGACAGAGAAGAGUUCUUGGCGGAGAUCGAAUUUAUGAAACAGUUGCCCUUCCAUCCGCAUCUUCUCUCGCUUGUCGGCUGCUCGACCAAUCCCGAAUAUCCGUUGAUUGUGACGGGCAUCUGUGAACUCGGCGCUUUACUCUCACUCCUCCGACAAAUGGAUCCGGAACAUUCGGAACAUCAAGAGUCGCCUCUCAAAUUCGACGAUCUAGUCCCAAUUGGUUGGCAAAUCAGUGACGCGCUGGUCUUCCUCUCAGCCAAAGAGAUUGUUCAUCGAGAUGUGGCCGCCAGAAAUGUGCUCGUCACAAAAACAAAAACGGCUAAGCUCUCCGAUUUCGGACUUUGUCGCUUCCAAAAAGACCUGGUACCAGGAAUGCGUGAUGGAAAGUUUCCGCUCAAAUGGAUGGCGCCCGAAGCAAUCGAGUCUGCCGAUUUCUCGACGGAGAGCGAUGUUUGGUCAUUUGGUGUUCUCCUCUACGAGAUGUACAGUUUUGGGGAAUCGCCGUGGUCUGACGUGGAACCAGAAGACUUAUUACCUGCAUUCAAAAGAGGCCAGCGACUAGCGAUUUCAUCAACAGCUCCCGCUUUGAUUCAGAAAGUGUCCGCGUCUUGUUGGGAGAAGUCCACCAGCGAUCGGCCUCAAUUCGAAGAUAUUCGAGGGCAAUUUUAUAAGGAGAUGGAGAGCCACUCGGAAUUGUACGGCUAUUUGGAUGUCAGCAAGCGGUACUAUCCUCUUCCGACGACUACUUUUGAGCCGAUUGAGAAUUUGUCGGAUCCCUGCCCGGAUGAUGCGACAUUU